UUUACAUCCUAGUAUAACCUUGAAAUUAUUUACACGAAAACUGAUAUAUCAUUCAGUAUUGUUCAAAUUUUUAUCCUGUUAGGCAGAUUUUAGUCGCUGAGCAUUACAGUUACAACAAUGACUCAACCUGCGGUUGGUGCGGAAAUGCCACUACAUGAUCUCGCUCAACAGGACUACCACGUCCUGGAGGAAAUGAUUACCACAAAACCGACUCUCAUUACCAAGAAAGAUUCCAAUGACCGUUUCCUAAUGCAUUGGGCAGCACUGCGAGGCCGAGAUCUCCUGGUAGAAGAACUGCUGAAGAAAGCUCCGGAACAAUUGGAUGCUACAGACGAUACCGGCGCUACCCCACUGAUACUGGCAACACUCGGCGGUCACCUGGGUUCGGCUAGAAUAUUAGUCGCCAAGGGUGCCACAGUGAAUCAUCGCAACGGCCAAGGUCAUUCGGCGUUACAAUAUGCCUGUUCCAAGGGCCAUUUGGAAAUUGUCAAAUAUUUAAUUGAGCAAGGAGCUGACAUCAAUGUGAAAGAUAACCGCAACGAUACAUCGCUUCAUCGGGUGGCAUCGCAGGGUCGACAUGAAAUUCUAAAGUACCUGCUGGAACAUUCGGCGCACGCUGACUGUCAGAAUGCCGAAGGAAACACUCCACUGCAUCUGGCCUGUGAAGACGAACAGAACUCGUGUGCGAUUCUAUUGGUUGAACAUGGAGCUCCCGGUAGCAUUGAAAAUAAAGAGAAGAAGACCCCGUUAGAUGUUGCCCGGCCCGGGUUACGUCGGAUUCUGAAAACUAAACUGGGAAUCGGUGAUGAGUAGUAAUGAAGAAAUCGUUUUUUUAAAUAA